AUGAACAAAUGCCAUAAUUACAAACCCAAGCCAAAAAAGAGGAAUGCUUCUCAAGGGUGGCAGAAACAAAGAUCUGCACUGCUUACCUUCCAACCCAGACAGCAUGGUAUUAUAAGAAGAAGCUCCCCUACAGAAGAAUUCAAAAUAUCUCCAUUGUUCGUUAGCCGAGUCAUUGCUGCAGCCAUGGCAAUACGCUUCAUCAUUAUUACACUGAUAUGGUUUGCCGUUUUCAUAACUUUGUUAUGCAACAAUGAGGUUCCAAUUUCUUCAAGAGAAGGUUACUGUGAUCAAUGUCCUAAUGACUGGAUAUGUUAUAGAAACAACUGCUACCAAUUUUUUAAUGAGAACAAAAACUGGAAACAGAGCCAAGCUUCGUGUUUGUCUCAAAAUUCCACCCUUCUGAAGAUAUACAGCAAAGAGGACCAGGAUUUCUUUAAGUUGGUGAAGUCGUACCACUGGAUUGGACUAUUCCAGACUCAAGCAAAUGGCUCCUGGCAGUGGGAAGAUGGCUCCACUCUCUCACCCAACCACUUAACACUGGUGGAAAUGCAGAACGGAUCCUGUGCUGUCUAUGGCUCGAGCUUUAAAGCCUACACAGAGGACUGUUCAGCUCUAAACACGUACAUCUGCAUGAAGAAGGCAGUCUUGGGACUUCAUUAA